GUGGCUGAGGCCACCCCCGGUAAAGAAAAGCCCGGGGUAACUGGUGACCUUCUCCACGCAGAAGAUGUUUGGGUACUUAUGGGGAUUCCUGUACAGCAACUAUUUUCGGUUUUGGCUGAAAUGGAUCUUGAGGCUGCUCACUAGGAAGUGUGAAUUGCAGCGUAUCUUUGAUGGGUCAAAGGAAGGCGCGCAGAGGACGCUAAACAUAGAACACUCGCUAGACUCAUCAAAGAAUAAGGUUUUAAGAAAUGCCGUACAUGUUGACGAAGCUGAAGUGGAGAAGUGCGUUAGAGAUGUAAUGAAAGAAAAGAAAAUUGAACAGAAGAAUACAGGGUUUAAGACAAAUCUGCAUGUAUGCUUGCUGCAGAUAUCAGGAUAUAAGAAACUUUAUUUGAACGUGGAAAGUCUGAGGAAGGUCCCUUAUGAUUCGGAUAACAAAGAACAUGAGGAACAGUUAAUUGAGCUUUGGAAUUUGCUGAUGCCUCAUGAGAAUCUGAAGGCCAGAAUCACCAAGCAGUGGUGUGACAUUGGCUUCCAAGGGGAUGAUCCUAAAACAGACUUCAGAGGAAUGGGCAUGCUGGGAUUAGUGAAUUUGGUGUAUUUUAGUAAACAUUACACCAAUGAAGCUCGUCAGAUCCUUUCUCGUUCAAAUCACCCAAAACUGGGAUAUUCUUAUGCAAUAGUGGGAAUCAAUCUGACAGAAAUGGCAUACAGCUUACUUAAGAAUGGUGCUCUAAAGUCUCAUCUGUACAACACGAUCUCUGGAUUGCCACAAAUGGAACACUUCCAUCAAUUCUACUGUUACCUGGUUUAUGAGUUUGACAAGUUCUGGUUUGAAGAAGAACCAGAAAGCAUUAUGCACUUCAACCAGUACAGAGAGAAAUUCCAUGAAAAAAUUAAGGGACUUCUACUGGAUUAUGAUGUCAUACUAACCUUAAAAAGUACAAAGAAACCUUAACCUCCUCUACAGUCUAUCAGGUUCUACAUCAAAAAUGGAAUUAUGCAUUUGGAUGACAGUUUUGCAUGUUUCGCCAAAAACUGUUUAACAAUGGAACUUUUUUUUACAUCAAGAAAAAAAUCAACACUUCAAUUAAGAAAGCUUGGACAAUCAACCUCUGUUUACAGCUCUUUAUAUGCUAUUCUCCAAAGGACUGCCUUUUUUGUUUGUUUGUUUUUAAACAUGAUCCACAAGUCUAGAGAUCCUGUGGGUCACUUACUCUCAUAAUUUCUUUUAUACUUCUUGGUGCAGGAACAUGAAGCAGGUAUUUCAUGCUGCAUCAUGUUUUCCAUUAAUAAGUUUGACUGUUAAUUGUCUUUUAAAACUUUUUUUUAGUUGAAAGUGUUCUAGUUUUAGAUUUUUUUCAUCCUUCUCUUGUUUUCUGUGCAUAAUUGAUAGUCCAUAAGUCAAUGUUAAAUUUCUCUGUGAUGAUGAGGUCCAUGAAGGGAAUGUAUUAGUUACUUAUGAUUUUGGAGAAGAGGAUUAAUCCAUCAACGUAGUAAUGUACUUACUACAAUUAGUUUCUGACUAGAGAAGUUUUCCAUCCAGGGAUUUGUACCAACAAAUUCCUGUGCAUGGAAAGAACUUAAUUUAGAGACAAACAAGAAGAACGACAAAUCAACAAUGCAAGGCUCAGAUCCUCAGAGUAAAACUGGCCCUUCUAAAAAUAUUCCUACUAUCAAAAUUUUCAGUUCUUUCUAGUCAGACUUCAGCUGCUCAGGCUGCUUGAUUUUGUGUCUGUCUGUAUCUUUUUUCCUUUUAGCAGCUAUCGUGGUAUUUUCCGCAGGAAGUU